GGACCGAGACGGGCCUGUGCCCCCGGCACUCAGUCAUCCGUCCUCGAUGGGCUCUUCUGUCAAGGUCGGGAGCUGCCUGGUUGCCGGCUUGCUGCGGGACCGAGUGGCUAUCGUCACUGGCGGGGCCACCGGCAUCGGAAAGGCCAUCGCGAGGGAGCUCCUGCACCUGGGGAGUAAUGUGGUCAUUGCAUCCCGAAAGAUUGAUAGAUUAAAAUCUGCUGCAGAGGAAUUAAGGGUUGGCCUGCCUUCUACCAGCCAGGCUCAAGUCACUCCCAUGCAGUGCAAUAUCCGGAAAGAAGAGGAGGUGAAUAAUUUGGUCAUGUCUACCUUGGGUAUUUAUGGUAAGAUUGACCUCUUGGUGAACAAUGGAGGAGGCCAGUUCAUGUCUCUUGCUGAACAUAUCAGUGCAAAGGGGUGGCAUGCUGUGAUCGAAACCAACCUGACGGGCACCUUCUACAUGUGCAAAGCAGUUUAUAACUCCUGGAUGAAAGAGCAUGGAGGAUCUAUUGUUAAUAUUAUCCUGCUUACUAACAAUGGAUUUCCAGGAGCUGUGCAUAGUGGAGCUGCAAGAGAAGGUGUUUACAACCUCACCAAAACAUUAGCGCUGGAAUGGGCCAGCAGUGGAGUGAGGAUUAACUGUGUUGCCCCUGGAACAAUUUAUUCCCCGACUGCUUAUGACAACUACAGGGCUUUGGGACAAGACUUAUUUGAAGAGUACUUUCAUAAAAUCCCAGCUAAACGACUUGGAGUUCCUGAGGAGAUUUCCUCCUUGGUGUGCUUCCUGCUGUCUCCUGCAGCCUCCUUUAUCACUGGGCAGCUGGUAAAUGUGGAUGGGGGUCAGUCUCUGUACACUCACAUGUGGGAGAUACCAGGUGAGCAGCCAAGGAAUCAUGACAACUGGCCUGAGGGAUUAGGGGACCUUUCUGUUGUCAAAAGGAUGAAGGAGUCUGCUAAGCUUAAAGCUAAGCUCUAAGCUGAGGGAACACAGAGGUGUCCUCUGUCCCCACGUGCCUUAACAGCUUGAGGAUACACUUCUGUACUUUUUAAGGGUUUAUAAUUUGUAUGGAAAACAAUCAUUUCUGCUUUUUUAAUGUUAUUAAUUACAUCUAUGCAAAAACUACUCCUGACAGAAAUGCAUUUUUUUAUGUCCCAACUGAUGUCUUUUAACUUGGGAAUAAAAAUUUUUUUUCAAGGAAUGGAAAUUAACAUACUUAAAUGAUUAUACUUUUCAUUUCUAAGAAAGUUAUUUGAAAAAUGAACUAAUUUUAAAUUCAUAGUAACUGAAAGGAUCAUGAACUCCCAGAAGGUUUUAUUAUUUAAUUGUAAAGGUAAAUAAUAAAUUGUGGCAUAAUUAUGAUUAAUUCAACUAGAGUUAUGCAAUGACUUGUUUUUGGUGGCAAAUACUUUUGGAACAAUAAAGCUUAAUGGUAAUUAUCAAUGUAUAGUUUGUUUUGUUCAUGAAGUCAAAUUUGUUUAAAUGUUUGUAAUUCAAAGAAAAGUUAUAUGUUGUAUGUUUUUGCAGUGCUUGAUUUGUGUCUUGAUUUCCUAUUCAAAGUAUUCCCUGUUCUCUAUGUAUCUCCUUUC